AUGGUUGUUGCUGAAAUCAUUCUCUCCUCAUUCAUCACUGUGCUCUUUGAAAAGCUGGUUUCUGCUGACCUGCUCAAACUAGCUCGAUCUGCACGGAUCAUUUCUCAGCUCGACAACUGGAAGAUCACCUUGUCCCAGAUUCAAGCUGUGCUUGUUGAUGCUGAUGAAGUUAGUGACCUUUAUAAUCUACAGAGAUUGUUGGUUCGUGGUUGCCAUAGGUUAUCUAGCUUGCCAUACAGUUUUGCGAAGUUGAUAAACAUGCGACAUCUUGAUAUUACUGAUACUCCACAGUUGAACAAGAUACCCUUGUGGGGAUCAGAAUCGAAGGCGUGCAAGUUCCUUGUGAGUUUAAAGAAGUUGGAAGUAGAUAGAUGUGAAAUGUUGGUAUCAUUGGGAGAGAAAGAGGGUCAUUUAGGGAUUAGCUUGGCUUCUCUUAAAGAAGUGGAACUUUAUGGUUGCAAGAAACUUGAGCAUUACAAGUGUUCGAAUAGCAUCGAGAGGCUGGUGAUAUGGAAUUGUGGUUCAAUGACAUCCUUGACCUUCCCAACAAUGCUGGACCUCUCAUCCAAUAUAAAGAUUAUUCACAUCGACGGUUGUGAAAACCUGGAGAAAAGUUGGCUUCUCAACAAAUUCUUGUCGUCACUUGAAUCUCUUGUCGUUUGGCGUUGUGACGAUAUGAUGUCGUUUCCUGAAGGAUGCUUUGUUUAUCUCACCAGAUUGGAAAUAUGGAAUUGUGAUAACAUAGAAUCCAUUCCAGAUAAAGGUUUUGGCUUUCUUCCCCUGUUUUGCCUAAAGACUCUUUGGAUCCGUCGUUGUAAGAAUCUGAAGUCAUUUCCUCACGAGCAUUUGCCAAGUCUCACAUCUUUGGAAGAGCUGAAGAUUAACAACUGUCCAAGUCUGGACUAUUCCUUUCCUUGUGGGUUAUGGCCUCCUAAUCUAAGAAACCUAAGAAUAGGAUGUUUAAAUAAGCCCAUGUCCGAGUGGGGGGUGCAAAAUUUUCCAAGUUCACUUGUUGAACUGCGUUUAUACGGGCAGAAUUCAGGAGUGGUUUCAUUUGAAGAUGUAAGGAAUACGACUCCAUCAUCUUUUCUUGUGCCACCAUCUCUAACUUCUUUACAUAUCGAUUGUUUUGAGGACUUGGAAUCAGUUUCAACGGGCUUACAACACCUCACUUGCCUUGAAAAACUUGCAACUUGGUCAUGCCCGAAACUUAGAGAUCUACCAGAGAAACUACUUCCUUCACUUUCGUUUUUGAGGGUGAGAAAUUGCCGGAAAUUGGAGAAAAGGUGUCGCGGUGGAACAGGCAAGUACUGGCCCAUCAUCUCCCAAAUCCCUCACCUUGAUGUAUGA